AUGCCAAUCGCCCGAGAUCGUGUUGAAAUAUUACAAGUGCAAAAGCUAAUUUAUGCAGUACGAACAGAAGAAAUUGAACAAGUACAAAAAUUAUGUGACAAAGGCGUCGAACAUCUUGUCAACUACAACGAUCCACAAAAUGGAAUGACUGCACUAAUAGCAGCUGUAACACAAAAUAAUGAAAAAAUGAUACAAUAUUUGUUACAGCUAGGUGCUCAUCCUGAUGUUAUUGAUUUUGCUGGUCGUACAGCUGUCAUGCAUGCCGCUGAAUAUGGUCAUGUUAAUGCUUUACAAUUAUUACGUGACGCCAAAGCAAAUCCAAGAAUACAAAAUCUUGAAGGACAAGAUGCUAUUUAUUAUUGUUUUACUGAACCUACACAGCGUCAUAAAGCUUGCUUAAAAAUUUUACUUGAAAUGGGUGCCGAUGUUAAUAAUCGAGCACGUAAUGGUGUACCAAAUUUGGUUUAUGCUUGUUCAAAAUCUAAUGACCAAGAAGAUUUUUGUAUUGAUUUGAUUCGUGCAGGAGCCAAUGUCCAUCUGGUUGAUGAGAAAACACAAAGAACAGCAUUACAUAAUGCUUGUCUAUCAGGAAAUGCAAAAGUUGUACGAGAACUUCUACGUGCAAAAGCUGAUCCAAAUGCCUUAGAUACUAAACGAUCAGCGCCUGUUCAUGAAGCAGCUAAAGGUGGUCAUUUUGAGGCUAUUGCAGUUCUAUCCGGUUAUGGAGCAAAAUUUGAUGUGUACGAUGCACUUAAUAAUAAUCCUAUUCAUUAUGGUGCAGCAUCAAAUGCUGGCAAUGCAAUUCGAUUUUUGGGUCAACGAGGCUGUAAUCCAAAAGCUAAAAAUAAUGAAGGACUUAUUCCAAAAAAGAUUGCCGAUCAAAAUAAAGCAAAAGAUGCCAAGAAAAAUAUGCGAAAAGCAGAAAAAGGCUUCACUGAUAUGACAGCGAAUCUACGUCCAGAUGAAUUUCGUGAUUGGAGAUUAAUGCUUUAUGAUUAUGUAUGUGAAAAUCAAGAACGACUUGAAAAAAUCUUCGAAGAACUCGAUGUUACUGAACAAAAAACGGGCGUUAUACCAACGGAUGGUUUUAAGAAAGUUAUUGAAGACGAAGGAUUUCUUGGAUUUCUUAAACCGGAUGACUUAAAAGAUAUAUGUGAAAAACAUGAAAAGGAACGAAGCGAAUUUGAUUAUAAAGCAUUUUUAACUGGAAAGAAAUAUUUAACAAAACCUUAUUUAAUGGCUGCAUUCGCCGGAAAAAAGAAAAAAAAGAAGAAACCAAAAAAAGCAAAGAAACAAAAAGGUGCUCUACCAAUUGGAAUUCAAGAUGAAGGUCCCCGAACAGCCAAUGGCAAUCCACCAACUAUCUAUGCACCACAACACAUUCAUCAUACAGAUAAUACAAGAUUUUCUCGUGAUAAUUUACCAAAAAAUCCCUUAGAAGAUGAUUCACCAUGGUAUUUGGAUAAACCUGAUAAAGGUUAUGUUAAUUUAUGCGACGCUGCUUAUCGCGGUGAUUUACAAACAUUGUUGAACGCAUAUAAGCGAGGUAUACAAGUCGAUAUACAAGACAAGUUUAUGAAAACACCAUUGAUGGUGGCUUGUGCUCAUGGUGAUCUGAAAACAGUUCAAUUUCUUCUGACAUGCGGGGCUGAUGUUAAUAAAAUAGAUAAUUUUAAAUGGACACCACUCCAUCAUGCUGCACAUAGUGGUAUUCUUGAUGUUGUUCAAGCUAUUGUCGAAGCCGGUGGAGCAAUAAAUGCUGAAUCAAUAACGAAAGCAACACCCUUAAUGCGCGCUAUUGAAAGUUCAUCAUUUCCAGUUUGCGAAUAUCUUGUUAAUAAAGGCGCUAAAGUUUCACAUGAAAAUAUUUCUGGUCUAGAACCGUUAACUGUUGCCGCUGAAUUUGCUGAUCCACGUAUUUAUCAUUUGAUUAAUGAAAAAGUAAAUGGCAGCUCCGGAAAUAAACCUAAAAGUGCUAAUAGAAAGAAAAGUGGAUCAGCAUCAGCAAAGAAACGACAACAAUCAGGGGGAAAAAGUACCAAGACAGAUACGCAAGCAGCAGCUGCUCAACAAACAUCAGCUAUUCAGCAACCACGACGUGGCUCUUUAUUACGUGCUGCUGCUGAAUUAGCUAAAUCCUUUGAAAACACGGAAUCCAUUGCUUUUCAUCCGAAGACAAAAUGGACAGAUCUACCAACAACAAAAGAACUUUUACAUGAAAAAGCCGUUGUACGUGAUCGUCUUGGUUGGGAAGUUGAUUUUACUGAUUUUAAAAUGCCAUUUAUGACUAACGUUAGUAAACGACUAGAACAAAUGACAAUGCCUGAAGUUAAAAUAUAA